CAGAGAGCUACCUGGGGCGGAAGGCUUUGCUUCUGGGUCUUGGGUGGGGAGGGGGCGUGGUGCCCGGAGGGGGAGCGUUGGGGGCUGGGAGGCCUGGGACACCUGGGUUCGCCUAAGGGAGGGGGACGUUGGCGCCCUUAAGGAGGCGCGGUCUGCCGGGAGGGAGUGGGGAGGAGUCUGGUUAAAAGCUGUUCCCGGCCUGGCCCACCCACCAGCCACAAACGCUGAAGCCAGGUGAGGGGCUGGGGCCACCGAGCCGAGGGACUCCAGGGACCCGGGAGCGCGGCCACGGCGUAGCGGCCUGCGGCCGGGACGCGCGCGGCUCCAGGGGCCGGAGAGCGCAUCCCCUCUGUGGGGGUGCGGGGUCCGGGGCAGCGGGCUUGGCGCCCGGCUCUCCAGGGGGCGCCUGACUGGUUGGGAGCAGGCGCUCCAUUCUACGGACUCUGAACUUGAGGACGACGUCUACUUUUUAAGGCCGCGAGUUUCUCUGGGACGACUUGAGACUAGGAAGACAUUUCCAUCUUCAGGACCCCGGCCCCGGGCAUCGGCGUUUCACCUCGGAGGGGAGGGCGUGCAGGCCGCCCUCUCAAGGCUUCCCUGCACCCCACCGCCCCCAUGGCGCUGCCCGGCUCCUCACACGACCAGGCCUGGAGCCUGGAGGCCCCCGCGCCCCCUGCUCCCGCCACCUCGGCCUCGGGCUGCCCGGAGCGUGAGGCCGCCGGCAGCCCGGUGGGGGCCGGGGGGCUUCCCCUGGAGAAGGUGAAGCGGCCCAUGAACGCGUUCAUGGUGUGGAGCUCCGCGCAGCGCCGCCAGAUGGCGCAGCAGAACCCGAAGAUGCACAACUCGGAGAUCUCCAAGCGCCUGGGCGCGCAGUGGAAGCUGCUGGGCGAGGACGAGAAGCGGCCCUUCGUGGAAGAGGCCAAGCGGCUCCGCGCCCGGCACCUGCGCGACUACCCCGACUACAAGUACCGGCCUCGGCGCAAGAGCAAGAGCGCGGCCGCGGGGCCGCCCCACUUCGGCCAGGGAGGCGGCGGCGCGGCUGGCGGCGGGCCGGUCUGGGGGCCCGGGUACGCCACCGCCCCGGGGAGCAGAGGCUUUGGGUACCAGCCGCCCAACUACUCGACAGCCUACCUGCCGGCCGGCUACGGCUCUUCCCACUGUAAACCAGAGGCCUCGUCGCCGGGCUCCCUUCCUCAGAGUAACCCGCGGCUCCAGGGCGAGCUGCUCCCCCACUACAGCCCCUACCUACCCCCAGGCUCGCCCACUGUGUACAACCCUCCCCUGUCCGGGACCCCCAUGCCCCUGACCCACCUCUAACCCUCGUGGACAUGGACCUCCCAGGAACACCUUCAGUCUCCUUUUUCACCCAGAACCUUCCACCCCCCACGCCAGGCUGCUAACCCUUUGAACCCUUUAGAACCUCGUUGGCCCGCUGUUCAGAGGCCUGUGCUGCGGUUCCCUCACUCCGCCCCGACAAACACGUUUUUUUUUUUAGAACGAACACAGUUUUUAUGAUUAAA